CGAAUAUAUUGUGGACGACUGGUUGUCAAAAUCAAUCUUGGUGAUAUAAGCGCUUUGUAAAUUUUCGUAAUUUUAUUUUUGAGAAAUUACUCAUCAAUUUCGGUACAGAUAUUUAGUUAUUUACGUCGGAACAAUAUUUUCUUGUGAGGAAAAGAUGGACUGAAAAAGUCACAAACUUGAGCACAAGUAUUUGGUCUCAGAAGCUAUAUUUGCAGAAAAUUGAACUGGGGACAUGGCAGACAUUGACAGACCUAUUACACAGGUUGCCAUAGUAACAGAUCCUGCUAGAUGUCCUCCAGGAUUUACUCUGAUUGACCGUACCUACGAUCGUAAAGAGGAUGCUGAUUUAUGGAGAGACGGUCUCUUCGGAAGAAAAGUGGUGCGUUUCCUCUGUGUGGAGAAAAUGCCACCCUCACCGGGUAGGGAUGUACUGGUGGAUGUGACGGUGAUUGGAGAGAGAGACGCCAUACCAGCUGGAUUUACAUGUGUAGAUUUCACCAGCGAUACACGUGAAAAGGCUGUCAAAAAAAAGAUGCUUUGUGUCCGUUAUAUGUCCAGUGACUUGACCAAUGAUGCCAUAUGUGAACUAAUCCUCCUAAGCAAAGGAGUGAGACGCCCCCCUAAUGGUUAUACACUGGUGGGAGAGCUGAAUUACAUGGGUCUGUGUUAUAAAAUGUCCAGCUUUCGUAAACCUGGGGUUCAGAUGGAUGCCCACCAAGGCCAGUCCAGUGAGCCCACCUUCCACACACAGGGCUACUCUACAGCCCAAUCCACAUCAAUGAACAUGUCAGGUCUGGGUUCUAAUUUACCGUACAACCCGACUCCAUAUAAGAAUGGUCCAUUGGAGAGAGGGACAAGUUUUGCAGAGACAGCAAAUACCCUACAAGGCCAGCAGGCAGUUUCAGCCUUACAAGGUCUACCAUUUGAACUUAAUCGUGCCUUGUUUAAUGAGGAUUUAAAUGUAACAAUCCCCAAGAUCCCAUACAAAUCUAUAAUGGAUAUAGAAAAUCAGUAUAGCUAUGAUUUCUCAGUGGAAAGGUCUGCUGCUGCUAGGGUUCCGUAGGAUCAAUCUGGAAAUUUCUUCCAAGCCGUGGAAAUCAGCUGGACUGAGUUUGUUACAUGUUACCUGAAGAAUCAACAGACAAGGAAUUAUUAUGAUAUAUUAUCAUGAUCAAGGAAUACAGUGUAUUAAACUGGUACAAUUGUAGCAGAAAUAUUCAUACAAAAAAUGACUGAGAUACCUGUUUAUUUUACCUAUCUUUAUGUAUUGUAUAGGAAAAAUUAAAUGGUGACAUGUGAAUUAUGGCAUGUCAGUGGGUGACUUUUCCAAACAUUCAGAAGUUAUACUCCACAAUUUGAAAUUUAAGCUAGAAUUUAAAUGUGUACAAAUAAAUCUACUUUUCAUGUCAUUUUUUCGUUCAUAGCCCACUUACUUUUAAUGUGCUCAAUUUGCAUUGUUAUCAUAACUAUAGAGAGAAUUCAGAUGAAGAAACCAUAGAAUUUAUUGCUUUUACUUAGUAAGACUAAUCUGUGACUACAUUAAAAUUUGUCAUAUAAAUGUAGUUUAUAUGCUUGUUAUUGUGAAAAGAUACAUGGCUGUCUGUGAUAGAGAGAGAGGUUUAUGUUUGACUAUAUAUUGCUCAGAGCCAGACAUUAAAUAUACAUGCAUUGUAUACCUAGUUAACUCAAUAUGUUAAAGCGCACGGUCAGAUAAAGAGUUUGUUGAUUUUGUGAUUUUUUUUUGUCAUGCCAUUCUUGUUUUAGGCAAUGUUGUCAUACUUUUCUUUUUAUGCCUCAUAAAUAUAUUGUAUUAAAUUUUUAAUGAUGA